AUGAGGAAUACUUGGUGCGUCGCAUUGACGCUAAUCGGUUUGGUGGUCUAUCUGAGUGUGGCCUCGGCAGAGACCAGGAUCGAGGUGGAUGAGAAUGGCGAUGAGUAUGAGGUGAAACGUUUCUUUAUCCAGGGCAGGCAACUGGCUGGCGAGGGCAGUCAGGGUCAGUGUGUGGUGACAAGACGUAAGCGUUCUAGUCGUUCCAUGGCUUUGCCCUCCAAUGUGGCGGUCAGUUCGCAGCAAUUGAAGGUCUCGGCUCUGCCAGUGGUCGGUCAAUCAUCAAGUGAUCAAGUCGGAGUGGAACAUCGUGAGGGUUUGCUUCAAUUGACCGAAUUGGAUCAGAACAAACAUCGUUAUGCGUCCAAUGAUGACGCUGAUAAUGAUGACGAGCAGGAGGAUGAUGACGAUGAGACUGACAAUGUUGAUGUAGUGCCCGGUCAGGUGGCCAAGGCUCAGACAUAUGUGCCAGCUGCUUUGGCCCUGCCUCUAUCGCAGACCAGUGCGUCGGCCCAUCUGCCACAGGGAGUCAGUGUGGUGGCCAAUGGCGCUUCUCAGGCCAAUGUUGUGGCCGGAGAUGCUGGCAUUGUGGUUGUCCAGUCGCAUCAGCCGCCCAAGGUCAAUCCCGAUACUCAUGCCGUAUUCGAAUUGAAGCCAGUCCGUCAAUCCGAAUUGCAAUCGAGUGUGCCAGCUUAUCCGUAUCCGUUUGUUCCCAAUUGGCCAGGCGACGACGAUGGGGAUGACGACGACGAGGAUAAUUUUGAUGAGGAGUAUGUGGAUGAUUACUAUUAUCAUCGUGGUGAUCUACUGGCUGAUCCUUUGGGUGAGUAUGAAGCUGAAAUCUAUACCGAAGAGAAACCCACUACAACUUCGGCCAUUUGGAGCACAGAUGGCGAUGAGGACUAUGUGCCGGCUAAUAAUAAUCAGCGGCCCAUAAGGAAUAAGCAAAAGACUAAGAAGAAGAAGCAGCAGCAAAAGAACAAGCGCAAGCAAAAUCAAAAAGAGAAUCAAAAGAGAAGGAGGACACAGCAAAACAAGAGGAAACAGGAUGCGCCCAUGAAAGAGGAUACUCAAAUGAAUGAGAAUGGAAUGGAACCAGUUCAAGAGCAGCAGAUCAAGAAGAAGAAGACCCAGCAGCAGCAGCAGCAACAACAAGAGCAGGAAAUCUCACAGGAUGAGCACGAAACUAAGCCAUCAAAGAAGCCAACUAGUUCCAGUUCCAGCGUGGAGCCAACUAAAAAGCCAAAGAAACCUCGUCCCUCCAGCAGCAGCAGCAGCAGCAGCAGCAGCUCCUCCUCUUCAUCUUCCUCUUCCAUUAAUAAGCGCAAGCCAAAACCGCAGCAGCAGCAGCAGCAACAGAAAAAGAAACGCAAGUCUCGCCCCAGCAGCGGCAGCAGCAGCAACAGCAGCGUCAAUAAGCGACGUCGCCGUCCUAGCUCCAGCUCCAGUUCCAUUUCCGGUUCCAGUUCAUCACGUCCCAUUGGCGGCUAUCGACGUCGCCGUCCUUCGUAUCAAUCAUCUCAGUCGACUUCACAGCAGCAGCGUCGCCGCCGCCAAAAGCAACGCAAGCAGGAUGAGAAACGCCGCCGCCAACAGCAGCGACGCCGCCGUCUUCGCAAGCAGCAGCAGCAGCAGAAUAACCGUAAUCGCCAAUUCUAUGGCAAUGAGCCCAUCAUCAAUUGCAUUUACAUCAACAAGGACUCACCCACCACCACCACCACUCAGCGUCCCUUCUGGAACAUUCUGGGCCGCGAGGCGGGCCAGAAGGGCGUCGAUCCGGUGGCCCAACAGGCUGCCCUUCAGGCCAUCCGCCGUAAUGGCGGCGGCAGUGCCGAUUUCGGUCAUCGCAAGCGCACCAAUCUGAGAUUCGUGGCCUAA